GCCGCGUAGCUUAUGCUUUGGCUCUUUUUGAUAGGGGGGCUGGAAGAACUACUUUUCUGCAAAAUAGCUAAAAUCUGCUCAGUUUCAGCAGCACAUGUGCCAGGAUGUCACUAUUCUGAAGCAUUAUUUCGAUAGGCUUUGCAAUUUACAGGAGAAAAACUAAAAGCACCGUAAUUAUGAUUUAUAACUUAAUUAAUAGAUUUUAUCGUCUGCUCAACAGCUGAUCAAAUGUAAAUAAAAACCACGAUUCAGCCUGUUUUUAUGAUGCACUGACCUUGCUGCACAUAGGUAUAUGUCGAAGCAUUUGUAGCCGAGGUUGGAUUCUGCAUGGGCUUGCUCACAAUUGGGUCAUAAUCAGCAGGCGCACAGAAAUGUAAUACAAAAAUGUAGUUCUAUAUGAGAUCGUCGCAACUUGCACUUGGAAUGUGAUAUUUGCUCCUUUUUUUCGAUUGUCAAUGUAAGUAUGCUUUUAUAUUCGACGUGUUGGCCAUUAUUUUGCCGAAUUUAUUUAUGAAACCUUACAAUAUACGAAGCCUUAUCACUAUUAUUGCGCCAUCCGUGGUUCCUGACGUCACACAUUUCGAAUAAGCCCUGAAUACCUCAGGAUACGCCAUCCAACUAUCAGCUGUCUCUGGACAAGCGAGUUUUCAAUCACCUCAUCAUACUCAUGACCUGGUAGUCAAAAUCAUAGUGGAAAAAAGUUAUCAAAUGAGACCAUCGCUGAUGUAAAUAUGGAUUCAAAACUGGAUUUAUUUGGUAAUAAUGCUGACAAACCUGAAGAAAAAUCCAAAAGAGAUGCACAUAUAUCUCCAGCUCACACCUCAACGAAAGCAGUGGCAGUGGUUCCUGAAACAGGAAAAGUUGAUACAAAAAUCACAGCAAUCUCAUCUCCUAUUCUAAGAAAACAAAAGCAACUGUCCACCCCUUCUCCCAAAAAGCAGAAGACCCACAUUGAAACAACAGCAAUCGCAUCUCCUAUUCUAAGAAAACAAAACAAGAAGCAACUGCCCACCCCUUCUCCCAAAAAGCAGAAGACCCACGUUGAAACAACAGCUCCUCCAUCCAUUUGUACUCCACCAAAACAGAAGAUACUAUUCAGCCCAGAAAAAAUAAACAAAAAAUCACCCCUUCCAUCAACUUCUACCACAGCUAUGAACAAACGUGAACAGACAACAACAUUAUCAGGUACCAAGGUUUCUACAAGUUCAACUACUGCACUAACACCAAAAAAAGAUCACACACAAAAUCAGAUGCAAGGGUACCUACAUGCUGUUCAGGAGAGAAAAAAUUUCAUCACAUUCGAGCUUCAAGUACAGCAGGACCAGUAUUGCCAUGGCAUUACCUUUGAUCCCUACAUCUUCAGGACUGUUAUGUUAACACUUGUGCAGGAAAAAAAUCCAGUCAUGAUUGAAAACUACAAUUUGAUUCCAUCUCGUUUGAAUCCAGGUCAAGAUCUCAAACUCGCAUCCAAAUCCAAAAUGACUCCAAUAUCCCACCAGCUGCAUUAUGAGCACAAACCACCCACACCGUUUACAACAGAACUUGAAAAAAUUGCCACCAUUUCACCAAAUACUAAAAUCAAUGUUCAAGUUGUCAUUCUUGGUGAAAACCCAAAAUGUGAAACUAAAACUGUCGCCUCUGGACCAAUAAGAAUGCAAACAAAGUAUGUUGCUGAUGACACUGGUAUCACUAACCUGUCCACAUGGGACAAAAAUAUUGAUCAGCUUCAGGUCAAUAACACUUACAGGUUGGAAAAUGUGUCUGUCAAAUUCUUUGAGAAAGAAAAGCACCUGUCAACUACACCACAAACCACUAUCACUAACAUUCCACCAUUAACCAAUUAUGUCAAAUUGGAAACUGCAACUAUUCAGGCCGAAAUUGUUGCCAUACAAAUAACAACAAAAUAUCAGUGUCUAUCAUGCAGUCACCUAAAUGCUUUCAUCUCUAAUACUGGCACAAGAUGUCGUUGUGACCAUUGUGGCAACCAGCAACUUGCACUUAAAGCCAAGAAAAUCUUCCAGGGCGAUGGCACAUUUCAAACACAAACUCAGGAAACUUACAAACUUGCAUUCAGAUCUGAUACUUUGGACGAAAUUCUUGAUGCUAUCAAAGCAUCCACAGUGUCAUCCACAUCAGAACAUGAUGAGAUGCCGUCAGCUGAGCAUAUUGAGUCAUUCCUUCUUGAAUACGAUGACAACUUCACCGUCACAUACUAUCCUAGAACGAAUAUAAUCUCUACUCUCACAACCAGUCAAUAAAGCAGCAACCUGUACCUUUCUACAUGCAUAAUAGCCUGAACAGUUAACAACAUUUUGCAUCACAGGCCUCCAUCGUUGUAAGAGGGCAACCAGCAAAAUUACUCCACAUGUCUACAUUUCAUUUUAGCAAUUCUCAAUCUUGUCAUAGCAGAUAUUGCUUCAGUGUUAUAUUAUCAUCAUGCAUACGCAUUUGUAAUCUUCAGCAUUUUAGAUCAUUAGUGUUACUUUAUAUAUUACAUCUCAUAACUGAUCUGUGUUUUUAACAUUACUGAUUUCAAUCAUUGCGAAUACUUCCUGUAGCUGUAGUAUUACAUGUAUCCUUGGAAAGGCAUCAUUUCCAAUCAUUGUACUCACAACUUCAUCACUGCUGUUAUUUCAUAUGUUCUCAUCUAUCAUUUCAAUCAUUGAAAAUAUUUCAUUCCAUAUCACCCUUGCUUGGAUAUAAUUCUGUAUCAAUCCAUCUCGUAAUUUCAAUCAUUGCGAAUACUUCCUGUACCUGUAGUAUUACAUGUAUCCUUGGAAAGGUAUCCUUGGAAAGGCAUCCUUGGAAAGGCAUCAUUUCCAAACAUUGUACUCACAACUUCAUCACUGCUGUUAUUUCAUUUUUGAUUACAUUAAUUUUACCUAUGAUUACAAAUCCGAGUAUGUUAAUUUCAAUCAGUUGCUGGACAACUACAAUUAUUUUCAAUAAAUAAAUGUUAACUUUA